AUGGCUACCCAAGUUGGCAAGAGAACCAACUCCUUGGCCUUUGCCCGUACCGAUUGCCAUACGUGUGCCUCAAGGGGCCAGAAAUGUGAUCGCCAACGACCUCAAUGCGCUACCUGCAUCAGUCACGGUCGUAAGUGUGGUGGUUUCGCAACGCCCCUCUCUUGGGAUCAUAGACGAACACGCAAUAGAGCCCUAGCCAGCCAGGAUGAUUCAGGGGAGGAUGCAGCCGUUACAACUCCCAAGAUAGGAAAUGGCCAGAUAGGCAAAGACCCUCCGAGGCAUUUUAAGUUUGUACUUGGCGGGAAAAGAGAUCGGAAACGCCGGAAAGUGGUGCAGCCACGAAAUAACACGCGUGCGGAGAAGGAGGCAAAGGAAGUCAAUCCCCCGCAACCGGUAGAUAUUGCCGAUAUUGAUGCUUCUCCACCCGGUGAUGAUGAGACUUCGUUUGAUCUCGUGGCCCUUGCUCAAUCGGAGCAUCUGUUUGAUCCCACUAAUUGGCUAGGGGAUGCAUUCCAGGACGGUCUGUCUUUUAUUUCCUCGGAUAUGGGUCCUGUAGAAGGAUUGGUAUCAACAUUGCGCGCACCCACUUUGGAAUCCGUAAGUGGAGCUGGGUCAGGCCCAAGCCAACCUUUAGGGAAUCAGCAUGAAGCACUAUUGCAAAUGUAUGAUACGGAAUUUUGUGUCCUUCCCAUUACAUCUGAUACAGCGCUGAACCCCUUCCGCUGUCGCGAGCCACUGUCUCAAGGUUCAAGGCUCUUGUUCCAUUCCAUCCUGGCACUGUGCUGUCGCCAUCUUAGCCAGAUCACUGGAACACCAUCUUCGGAAGAGCGAGAGCAUCGUAACCAAGCGUUUAAGCUUCUCGAGAAUGCUCUCCAAAGCGACCAGUUGGCAAGGAGAGGGUUGACCUUACUGGAUCCACUCUUAGUUCUCUUCACACUUGAUUGUACUCUCUCUGCCUCUGGCCGAUGGUCCACCUAUCUAACUCGAGCACAUUCCAUCCUCGAAGCAUGCGGAGGUCCGCCAGCCCUUGAUAAUGCGCGCAUUCGAUCUCAAGUGGCCAUGAUCCUGUGGUGGGACGCAACCCUAGCUCUAGUCUCCCGCCAAGGAACAGUCUUCUCCCAAUCCUACCUCGACCACCUUAUACACUCAGAGAAGAAAGACAGAUGGUCAUUCUACGAUCUCACCGGCUGUCCAAGCGACCUAGUAGUGAUCAUCUUCAAACUAGCAGAACUAGCCCACCAAAGCACAAUAGCCUCCACCAUGAAAUGGCUCACCUUCAACCUAACCCCCAUUGUCCAAAUCGAAGAACAGCUUCGAUCCUGGACGCACUCCUUCUUCGCAGCACCGUCCUAUAAUCAGGUUAGUCCUAGCGUUGAUGAAGGUACUGGCACACCCCCACUCGACGAACAUACUUUCCACGCACACCAAGACCGCCAUCAUUGUGCUGAGGCAUGGCGUCAUGCUCUUUUGCUGUAUAUCGAGCGAAUCUUCAGAUGGGAUCGAAAUCGGAUUCGACCAUUAUCUAUUCCUUGUCUUGCGAGAUUGACUCUCAAUCAUGUGAGGUGUUGUAGACGGACUUCUCAGACGCAGAAACAGUUAUUGUUACCUGUCUUUUUGGCUGGUAGCGAGACUGGGGAUGAGGAGAUGCGAGAUUUGGCUAGGGGUUAUUGUCGUUGGUGGGGGGAACGCAGUAGAUAUAAUAUGUUCCAUUCGGUGCCGGUGUUACUGGAGGAUAUAUGGGGCGGUGAUAAAUGGUGGGGAGGUGUGGUGGAUGAGAAGACUAAAGGCGCGUCGACGGCGGAAGGGUCUAAUGUGCAGUUUCUUUUUGGGUAG